CAGCUUUGCAAUUUGCAUCCGUCUACAAGCACCACUCACUUAUCCACCUUCACAAAUAAUUUUUCCUUCACUUGGCUUUAUCCAUCUUCUCACUCACUCAGUCUCAUCUUUUCUGUUUCCCUCUCAUCAUCUCAUUUCUCGCUCAUUCCCAUCCAUCAUCUCCUCCAAUGCCGACCACCGUCUCAGCUUCUUCCCUCACAUCUCCACUCCGCCUCACCUUCCCCACUAUUUCUCAGGUGAAUGGAAAGGCUUGUAAUUUGACGAUAGUUUCUAUGAGUUGGGCCAAAAAUGGCUUCCCUUCAUUAAGAACCUCCCGCUUCCGAGUUUCUUGUGCGGCCAAGCCCCAGACAGUGGAAAAGGUUUGUGACAUAGUGAGGAAACAACUGGCAUUGCCUGCCGAGACUGAGCUCACCCCUGAGUCUAAGUUCUCUGCUCUUGGUGCCGAUUCUCUUGACACUGUGGAAAUAGUAAUGAGUUUGGAGGAAGAAUUUGGGAUAAAUGUAGAAGAGGAAAGCUCCGAAAACAUAACCACGGUUCAAGAAGCAGCUGAUUUGAUAGAGAAGCUCGUUCAAAGUAAGGCCUAAGCUUAGACAAAGAGUUUGCUAAUUAAUGGAUUAGCAAAUAUGGUUGAAGUUUUGAAGUAGUGAUCAGGCAGCAUGACGAAGUAUGAGUAAUUGUUUGUAAUUUGCGUUUUUCUUGCACUAGUUGUUUGAAUAUUUGCAUUUGUAAUGCGUCUCUUCUAUCUUUCUUAUGUUUCUUGAAAAUUAA